GUUGUCAUCCCUUCCUGAAGAACCCAACAGCUGUAUGGAAAUAGCUGCUCUCCCUCCUCAGAGUAUAGAUUCAGUUGAACCUCGACCUAACCAUCGCGGUAAUCGUCGAAAUAAACCUACAAAUGCCUCAUUGGAUGGACACUCAUCGACCAUUAAUUCUUCGAGAGGGGAGGUGGCAGUGGAAGAGACACCGCCGGACGGUUCUUCGCGUAAUCGACGACGACGACCAAAGCGUGGACCUGCCGGGGCGUCCAUCGAUUCUGCAAAGAGCCAAAGGUCAAACACGACGAACAGCGGCGAGCAUGUAGAGAGCUCACAACGAUCCGGACGACAACAUGAACCUCGAGUACCUGGCGAUGACCCAUCGGAAGAGCCAUCUUCAUCACGACCAAAACCUCCAAACGGCGGUCGUAGGGGUGUCAAGUUCAAUGCUGGACUCACAUCCGAUUCUCCUUCCCAGUCCCCCCACGGAUGGGGCAAGCAUAAAGCCAAGGACCCUCCCAGCGACCAAGCUAAUGACCUCACAUCCAUCCUCAUACGUGGCCUAAGCACCCGUCCCUAUACCGAUUGUCCUAUUUGUUUCAACGCGAUCCAUCCACCCCAACCUACAUGGAGUUGCUCCCCUUCCAUUCCCAUACUCCCUCCCGGAGAGUCUGCAGAGCUUUUCGUUCCCCAGUAUUGCUGGACGACCUUCCAUCUCAAAUGCAUUCACUCGUGGUCGGAAAAGAGUUACAACGAAGUUAAAGAGGCCUGGCGCGCGAGGGGAGAGGAGAGGCGAGGCGAAUGGAGAUGUCCUGGAUGUCAGGGAAGGCGAGGCAUGCUUAUCGGCGGCUAUCGGUGCUUCUGUGGGUCGACACCAUCGCCUAAUGCCCGUCUCGCGACGCCUCACUCAUGCGGGAACCCUUGCUCGCGACCUCGGGUUGGUUGUCCUCAUCCCUGUCCGCUCUCAUGCCAUCCAGGUCCCUGCCCUCCGUGUAAAAUCAUGCUGGAAGUCCCAUGCGGGUGCCCUCGAAGGCGUGUCGUUCCAGUUCGGUGUGGGGAGGAUAAAAGGGUCUCUUGUAAUGAGGUCUGCUCGAAACGUCUUAACUGCGGGAAGCAUUUUUGCCAGGAGAUGUGUCAUCAAGGAGAUUGUGCAAGCUGCGAGCAACGCGAGAUGAGUAAAUGUUGGUGCGGUAAAGCACAAAGAGAGGUGCCUUGUGGAGAGGGAAGUCAAUGGCUAGGUGCCAUUGGAUGCGGUGGAGAUGAGCCAGGGCCCUGCGACGUGAAGGGUUUCUCCUGUGAUAGUGUAUGUCAAAGGUUCUACGAUUGUUGCAGACACGCAUGCCAAAAAUCUUGUCAUCCUCCCUCAUCCGCCGCUGCCCAAUGUCCCUUCUCGCCUGUCACAAUCACGACUUGUCCAUGUGGCAAACGUACGAUCGCGCCUCCAGAAACAGAUGCCGCAAAAUACGACUUUGCAUCUCGUACCACUUGUUCGGCGCCAAUCCCGACUUGUGAUGCACCAUGUAACAAACUUCACGCGACUUGCGAGCAUCCCUGCAAAGCCAAGUGCCAUAUCGGUGAAUGUCCACCCUGUUCCGAAGUGCUUGUCCGUCCUUGUCGAUGUGGGAAUAUUCGUCGAAGCACCAAAUGUGGCGAUCUCCAUGAUAAGGACCGUAACGAAAUCAACAUUCUAUGCACUAAAGCAUGUCCUGCGCUUCGAGCAUGCGGGAGGCACCAGUGUAACCGUCUUUGUUGUCCCCUCGCGUCGUUGGCAGUCAAAACAAAGGGCAAGAAACGUAUGAUCACGCCUGCGGAGGAUAUUGGUGAAGGUCCAGGAGGUUUACACGAAUGUGAUCUGAUCUGCGGUAAGAUGCUCACUUGCGGAAAUCACCGGUGCGAGGAACGAGACCAUAAGGGACCGUGUGGCCCGUGUCUGAGGAGCUCGUUUGAAGAGCUGAUCUGCUUUUGUGAACGUACGGUGCUAGAACCUCCAAUUCCAUGCGGGACAGAGAUUAAAUGUUCAUAUCCCUGCGUAAUGCCGGCUCCUCCCUGCGGACAUCCCAAAACUCCCCAUCCUUGCCAUGGAGACGAUAUCCCUUGUCCUCCUUGUUUUUCCUUAACGAAACGGCUAUGUGCAUGUGGCAAAAACGAAGUCGAUAACAUAAAAUGUUCGUUGCCUCGUGAGAAGGUCGGUUGCGGCACUGUCUGUGGCAAGCUCAUGGGUUGUGGCUUCCAUCGCUGUGAACGAAUAUGUCACUCUGACGAUUGUGGGGUUUGUACGUCAAUAUGUGGAAAGUCGCGGAAGCUAUGUUUGCCGUCUCAUCAUCCUUGCGCUGAUUCUUGCCAUGCCCCGUCAGCCUGUUCCGAAGUAGGGGCCUGUCAAACACUUAUCACCCUUCUGUGUCCUUGUGAGAGAAUUCGACAGUCUGUACCCUGCGGAAGGAGUAUCAGCAAUGCUGCGGGCAGGAAUGGCCAGCAACAGCUGAAAUGCACUUCGGAAUGCUUAAUAGCCAAGAGAAAUGCGCGAUUGGCGGAGGCGCUGGGCAUCGAUACUGAUUCGCGAGACAAGACUGCGUCGGAGGGUGUUUACAGUGACGAACUUGUCGGAUUCGCUAGGCUUAAUGAUAAGUUCCUUGCAGUGGUAGAGAAGGCCUUUGCUGAAUUCAUAGGGUCAGGCAAAAAGACCCAAGUGUUACCACAUAUGCCUCCAGACCGAAGGCAAUUUGUUCACCAACUUGCAAGUAUAUAUAGAGUGGAUACCCAGAUGGUGGAUCAAGAACCGCAUCGGAGCGUCCAACUGAUACGCCGUAUAGAUACAAGAAUACCUUCGCCACUUCUCUCCUCGCAUGUUACCCCAACACGUCUUCCGUCACGACCGAAUCUAGGCAAGCUCGGAAACCUGCGAAGCGCUGGGGUAGUGAGUCAGCCUCCAUCACAGCCCACAGCAACGAGGCCUAUUGUUAAUGCUGGGAGAGGAUGGACGGGGCCUGUCAGCCGAUCCUCGACUCCUCAUACCGCGUGCGUGCCGGAUUUGCAGAAUUUACGACCUGCCUCUCGGCCUUCCACAUCCGUGCCGCAACCUCAGUCGGAAGAUACGUUAGACGUUCCUGAUAGCUGGGAAGAUGAUGUCUAAUUUGGAUAAUUGGAGUGUCGAUGUUUGCCAUUGCUAAAAAUACAGUAUGUACUGUAGUAGAGUGUUAUAUAUUAUACAAAAGAAUUAGUGCUACGGUUACCCUUCGGUCCCGGU